AUGAACGCACAGCUGGACGGCCUGUCGGUGAGCUCGUCCUCCACCGGCUCGCUGGGCUCGGCGGCCCGGGCGGGCGGCGGAGGGCACGCGGGGCUGCGACUGCUGUCUGCGAACGUGCGCCAGCUGCACCAGGCGCUGACCGCGCUGCUGAGCGAAGCCGAGCGGGAGCAGUUCACGCACUGCCUGAACGCGUACCACGCGCGCCGCAACGUCUUCGACCUGGUGAGCACCCUGCGCGUGCUGCUGGACAGCCCGGUUAAGCGGCGCCUGCUGCCUAUGCUGCGUCUGGUCAUCCCGCGCUCCGACCAGCUGCUCUUCGACCAGUACACCGCCGAGGGCCUCUACCUGCCCGCCACCGCCCCCUACAGGCAACCCGCCUGGGGCUGCCCCGACGGUGCCGGGCCCGGGGAGGUGCGCCUGGUGAGCCUGAGGCGCGCCAAGGCCCACGAGGGUUUGGGCUUCAGCAUCCGCGGGGGCUCGGAACAUGGCGUGGGCAUCUAUGUGUCUCUGGUGGAGCCAGGCUCUUUGGCUGAGAAGGAAGGACUGAGAGUCGGGGACCAGAUUCUGCGUGUCAACGACAAAUCCCUGUCCCGGGUGACCCACGCUGAGGCCGUCAAGGCCCUCAAGGGCUCCAAGAAGCUGGUGCUGUCGGUGUACUCGGCUGGGCGCAUCCCGGGGGGCUACGUCACCAACCACAUCUACACCUGGGUGGACCCGCAGGGCCGCAGCAUCUCCCCGCCCUCCGGCCUGCCCCAGCCGCAUGGCAGCACCCUGAGGCAGCGCGAGGGUGACCGGAGGAGCACCCUGCACCUCCUGCAAGGCGGGGAUGAGAAGAAGGUGAACCUGGUGCUGGGGGACGGCCGGUCCCUGGGCCUCACGAUCCGUGGGGGAGCAGAGUACGGCCUCGGCAUCUACGUCACCGGCGUGGACCCGGGCUCUGAAGCAGAAAGCAGUGGGCUCAAGGUCGGGGACCAGAUUCUCGAGGUGAACGGGCAGAGCUUUCUCAACAUCCUGCACGACGAGGCGGUCAAGCUGCUCAAGUCAUCCCAGCACCUCAUCCUGACGGUGAAGGACGUCGGGAGGCUGCCCCACGCCCGCACUACGGUGGACGAGACCAAGUGGAUUGCCAGUUCCCGGAUCGGGGACACCGCCUCGAACUCAGCAGGGUUUCCUGGGGAUCCCACCAUGGAAGGGACAGACAAGCUGGGGUUUUACAAGGGGCCAGCCGGCUCCCAGGUGACCCUGAGCAGCCUGGGGAACCAGACGCGUGUGCUGCUGGAGGAGCAGGCGCGGCACCUGCUGAAUGAGCAGGAGCGUGCCACCAUGGCCUACUACCUGGAGCAGUACCGCGGCGGGAGUGUCUCCGUGGAGGCCCUCGUCAUGGCCCUGUUCGAGCUUCUCAACACCCACGCCAAGUUCUCGCUCCUGUCUGAGGUGAGGGGCACCAUUUCCCCGCAAGACCUGGACCGCUUUGACCACCUGGUGCUGAGGCGGGAGAUCGAGUCCAUGAAGGCGCGGCAGCCCCCUGGCCCCGGGGCCGGCGACACCUACUCCAUGGUCUCCUACAGUGACACAGGUUCGUCCACGGGCAGCCAUGGCACCUCCACCACCGUCAGCUCGGCCAGGGAGCGGCUGCUGUGGCUUAUAGACCUGAUGGAGAACACUCUGGACCUGGAGGAGACUGGCGAGGCGGUCCAGGGCAGCAGGGUCACCCUCCCAGAUGUUUCCCUGGAUGAUGUCAAAUCCACGGCCGAGGGGCUGCCUAGCUACAAGCUGCCCCCUCCCCCCCCACCUCUGGUCCAGCCGCAGAAGCCGGGAAGCCAGGAACAAAAGCCACCUUCCGCUGCGUCUUCCCACUCGGCCGCUGGCUUCUCCGCUCCGCAGAACCGCAGCCCACCGGCGGGCACCGCACCAGCCCCAGAGGCCCCGUGUGCACAGGACUCGCCCUCCUCCCCCAUCUACGCCUCCAUCUCCCCUGCCAACCCCGGCAACACCAAGAGGCCGCUGGAUGCCCAUCUGGCCAUGGUCAACCAGCACCCCAUUGGCCCCUUCCCACGGGUCCAGUCACCCCCGCACCUGAGAAGUCCCCCCACAGAGGCCACGCUGGCUGGGGGCUGCCUCCCACCACCCUCCCCAUCGGGGCGCCCAGACCAGACAGGCACAAACCAGCACUUCGUCCUGGUGGAGGUGCACCGCCCAGAUAGUGAGCCCGACGUGAACGAAGUGAGGGCACUGCCCCAGACACGCACAGCCUCCACGCUCUCACAGCUCUCAGACAGUGGGCAGACCCUGAGUGAGGACAGUGGUGUGGACGCGGGCGAGGUAGAGGCCAGCGCCCCCGGCCGAGGCAGACAGAUGGUGUCCACCAGAAGCAGGAGUAGCAAGGAGCCACCUCGGCACGAGAGGAGCACAGAGGGGGCGACCAAACCGCCUGGUCUCCUGGAGCCCACAUCCACCCUGGUCCGCGUGAAGAAAAGUGCGGCCACCCUGGGCAUCGCCAUUGAGGGUGGUGCCAACACCCGCCAGCCCCUGCCCAGGAUCGUCACAAUCCAGCGAGGUGGCUCAGCCCACAACUGCGGGCAGCUCAAGGUGGGCCACGUGAUCCUGGAAGUGAACGGGCUGACGCUGCGGGGCAAGGAGCACCGGGAAGCCGCGCGCAUCAUCGCAGAGGCCUUCAAGACCAAGGAGAGUGACCACAUCGACUUUCUGGUCACCGAGUUCAACGUGAUGCUCUAGGGGCCGAGGCCUGAGGGCCUCCCACCGCAGCUCCGCCCCUGGCCCCAGCCCCACCCCCCCGGCACCGCUAAGCUCCUUGAGGGGCCAGGGCUGCAUGGCCAGGGUCGCAGGGAGACACCCCCACUCCUUCCGGGCCCACUGGACCAGCACUGGGAGAAGAGAGCCAGGCGGAGCGAACAGAAGGUCAGGUCAGGCCUGGGCCAUGCGGGCACACAGUGGGCACGCACAACAGUGGGCUUAGGAAGGAGAGGAAGGGCCGCGCGCCUGUGUCUUGGCGGGCCCACCUGAGGUCUGCCAGGACCUGUUCCUCUGGGUUGACUGGGGGGCACUGUGCCCCCUGGCCAGCUAGGACCUGGCCAUCCCAGAUGCCUCAGCCGUUGUCUAGAGGGAGGUCACAUGAGAAUUCAUGGACACGGCCCCAGCCGGGGGGCGUCUUGCAGGACCUUUAGUGCCACAAAUAAGCAUCAAGCACUCCCCUCCCCAUUUCCACCCCCCCUUCUCCUAGCUCCUUGUCCCCCAUGGUAUUUAUUAUUUAUUUCCCUCUCCAUACCCCUGGGGACCCAAGACCCCACCUUCCCACCGCACCCCAGCCUAUCCUAGAGGCCUUGCAGGUGACCAGCGAUGUCAGUGUAUU